ACCACUCGACCUAAGUCUUGAAAACCAUCAAAUAGCGACCCUUCCCCCCAACGAAUAGCCAUGCAGAUGAAAUUAUCUCUCCUUGCCGCCGCCCUGUUCGUCCAUGUUGGUUGCACCAGAGCCGCCCUCCUCGGGCUGCACAAACGUGCACCAAUGUGCGACGAAGCGAUCGGUACCGAUUGCAAUUUCUUUGACGUCGACGGUUGUCGCGACGCCCUUGCAGCAUCAGGCCUGUCCGAGGAUGAAGACGGACGUCAGACUUGCUCAGGUGUCAUCAGCGCAACCAACGUCGAGUGUUCCUGUUCAUGCGACUGCGGUGCCAGUGGGGCGUUCAAUAGCCUAGGCGACUUCAACGAUCUUUUUGACGGCCUUGCGAACAGCUGCAUCCUCGACGCCGACGGUCAUCCAGGCUCUGACACCUAUCAGGGGACCAUUGGUGGUCUCAUAUCGUGUUCGCUCUCUUGAGGUACUACGGUGCAUGAACCACAUGAUUGACCGUUGAUGCGCUGAAGGCUAGUAGCGUAAUUCCUCAGUCUAGACACGGCAGGCAUUAGCGCAUGAUUCGAACAAAUGAUCACAAUUAUG